AUGUAUAAUUCACAAUCAUUUACAAUGGAUCGUUCUGCAAUAUCCUUAAUAUUACGAGAACUUAAUAUCAAUGAAAAUUGUGUCGCUAAUAUUUACAACUAUGGUUCUUGGGUAUAUGGUACGAAUUCACCGACAUCCGAUCGAGAUCUUUUAAUUGUAACUCGUUCACCAAGUACUACUCCGCUUGUAUUUCAAGUUGAAUUUGAUUAUUUUCAUGAAUUUGAAUUACAUAAAUUAUGGAAUCGAUAUGAUAUUUGUAUACAUAGUGUUGAAAAUUUUGAAAUUCUUCUAGAAAAAAAUUAUUUACUUGCUGUUGAAUGUACAUUUUUACCAGCUGAAUUUAAAAUAAAAGAAGAAAUUGAUUUUCAAAAGAUUUAUUUAGAAAAAUAUUACAA